GCAUCCCUCAUCCUCCCCCGCUCUUGGUGGUUUCUCCCAGCGCCAGGAGAGGCGGUGCCGCCUGGCCUGGCCCGAAUCGGGCUUUGUCCGAUCCGGAGCUCCUUGCCCGCUCAGCGGAAACCCAGGAGCCCUGGAGGCUGCAACUGCGGCCACCCUGGGCUGGGAUUUCGGGUGGGGCCUGCAGAGAAGCUUGGAGGGAGGAGGCCCCAGACCCCCGCCCCAUGCCAGCCAGCCCAAGCUGAAAGCGCUGCAUGAGCUGAAGAUGACGAGCUCAGUGGCCUCCUAUGAGCAGCUGGUUCGGCAGGUGGAGGCCUUAAAGGCUGAGAACAGUCACCUGAGGCAGGAGCUUCAGGACAACUCAAGCCACCUGUCCAAGCUGGAGUCCGAGACCUCAGGGAUGAAGGAGGUCCUGAAGCACCUGCAGGGCAAGCUGGAGCAGGAGGCCCACAUGCUGGUGUCGUCGGGGCAGACAGAGGUGCUGGAGCAACUGAAGGCUCUCCAGAUGGACAUCACCAGCUUGUACAACCUCAAGUUCCAGCCACCGGCCCUGGGGCCUGAGCCUACUGCCCGAACCCCCGAAGGAAGCCCAGUCCAUGGCUCUGGGCCCUCCAAGGACAGCUUUGGGGAGCUGAGCAGGGCUACCAUCCGGCUCCUGGAGGAACUGGACCGGGAACGGUGCUUCCUGCUGAGCGAGAUCGAGAAAGAGGAGAAGGAGAAGCUCUGGUACUACUCUCAGCUGCAGGGCCUGUCCAAGCGCCUGGACGAGCUGCCUCACGUGGAAACGCAGUUCUCCAUGCAGAUGGACCUGAUUCGGCAGCAGCUGGAGUUCGAGGCCCAGCACAUCCGCUCGCUCAUGGAGGAGCGCUUUGGGACCUCGGACGAGAUGGUGCAGCGUGCACAGAUCCGAGCUUCGCGCCUGGAGCAAAUUGACAAGGAGCUGCUGGAGGCACAGGACCGGGUGCAACAGACUGAGCCUCAGGCCCUACUGGCAGUGAAGUCGGUGCCGGUGGAGGAGGACCCCGAGGCGGAGAUCCCCACGCACCCUGAGGAUGGUACCCCGCAGCCGGGCAACAGCAAGGUGGAGGUGGUAUUCUGGCUGCUGUCCAUGCUGGCGACGCGUGACCAGGAGGACACGGCCCGCACGCUGUUGGCCAUGUCCAGCUCUCCUGAGAGCUGCGUGGCCAUGCGCCGUUCAGGCUGCCUGCCGCUGCUGCUGCAGAUCCUCCACGGCGCCGAGGCGGGGGCAGGGGGUUGCACAGGAAACCCGGGAGCCCCAGGAGCCAAGGACGCGCGCAUGCGGGCCAAUGCCGCACUGCACAACAUCGUCUUCUCGCAGCCCGACCAGGGCCUGGCUCGCAAAGAGAUGCGCGUCCUGCACGUGCUGGAGCAGAUCCGAGCGUACUGCGAGACCUGCUGGGACUGGCUGCAGGCCCGAGAGAAGGGGCUGGAGGCGGGCGGCGCCGGCGGCGCCCCUGUCCCCAUUGAGCCUCAGAUCUGCCAGGCCACCUGUGCUGUGAUGAAGCUGUCCUUUGAUGAGGAAUACCGCCGGGCCAUGAACGAGCUCGGUGGUCUGCAAGCGGUGGCGGAACUGCUGCAGGUGGACUACGAGAUGCACAAGAUGACCCGAGACCCCCUGAACCUUGCCCUGCGCCGCUACACAGGCAUGACCCUAACCAACCUCACCUUCGGAGACGUUGCCAACAAGGCCACCCUCUGUGCCCGCCGGGGCUGCAUGGAGGCCAUCGUGGCCCAGCUGGCAUCUGAGAGUGAGGAGCUCCAUCAGGUGGUGUCUAGCAUCCUGCGCAACCUGUCCUGGAGAGCAGACAUCAACAGCAAGAAAGUGCUUAGGGAGGUCGGCAGUAUGACGGCCCUGAUGCAGUGUGUCCUUCGGGCCACCAAGGAGUCCACCCUGAAGAGCGUGCUUAGCGCCCUGUGGAACCUGUCGGCGCACAGCACGGAGAACAAAGCGGCCAUCUGCCAGGUGGACGGUGCGCUCGGCUUCCUGGUGAGCACCCUGACCUACCGCUGUCAGGGCAACUCCCUGGCUGUCAUUGAGAGUGGCGGCGGCAUCCUUCGCAACGUGUCCAGCCUCAUUGCCACGCGCGAGGACUACAGGCAGGUACUGCGAGACCACAAUUGCCUGCAGACCCUUCUGCAACACUUGACGUCGCACAGCCUGACCAUCGUGAGCAACGCAUGUGGCACGCUCUGGAACCUGUCUGCACGCAGCCCUCGCGAUCAGGAGCUGUUGUGGGACCUGGGGGCUGUGGGCAUGCUGCGAAACCUGGUGCAUUCCAAGCACAAGAUGAUCGCCAUGGGCAGCGCGGCUGCCCUACGCAACCUGCUGGCCCAUCGGCCCACAAAGUACCAGGCAGCAGCCACAGCCAUCUCCCCAGGCACCUGUGUGCCCAGCCUUUAUGUGCGGAAGCAGCGGGCACUGGAGGCUGAGCUGGACACCCGGCACCUGGCACAGGCACUGGGCCACCUGGAGAAGCAGGGUCUGCCUGAGGCCGAGGCUGAGGCCACCUCCAAGAAACCGCUGCCACCCCUGCGGCACCUGGAUGGAUUGGCCCAGGACUAUGCCUCCGACUCUGGCUGCUUCGAUGAUGAUGAUGCACCGUCCCUGGCGGCGGCUGCCGGCAACGCGGAGCCCGCCAGUCCAGCUGUAAUGUCCUUGUUCCUGGGCAGCCCCUUCCUGCAGGGCCAGGCUCUGGCCCGCACCCAGCCUGCCCGUCACAGUGGCCUGGAGGCUCAGAAGGAGUCUGGGGGAGAUGCUGCUGUGGCAGCCAAGGCCAAAGCCAAGCUGGCACUAGCAGUUGCUCGAAUUGACCGGCUGGUGGAGGACAUCUCCGCUCUGCACACCUCGUCUGAUGACAGCUUCAGCCUCAGUUCUGGGGACCCCGGGCAGGAGGUCCCCAGGGAGGGCCGCGCUCAUUCCUGCUCACCAUGCCGGGGCUCUGAGGGUGCGCGGAGGGAGGCUGGCAGCCGGGCCCAUCCGCUGCUCCGUCUCAAAGCCGCACACGCCAGCCUUUCCAAUGACAGUCUCAACAGUGGGAGCACCAGCGAUGGCUACUGCCCUCGGGAGCACAUGCAACCCUGCCAGCUGGCUGCGCUGGCUGAGCACCGGGAGGACCCUCUGCGUGGGCAGGUGCGGCCCAGCCGGCUGGACCUUGACCUGCGUGGGGGCCAGGCUGAGCCGCCUGCACGUGACACCGCGGCUACUGCUGAUGUGGGGGUGCGCACCAUCAAGCUGUCACCCACCUAUCAGCAUGUGCCGCUGCUAGAGGGUGCAGCCGGGGCGGGGGCACGGUCCCUUGCUGGGCCUGGGGCCUCGCCUGGUACCCGGAAGCAAGCGUGGAUGCCUGUGGACAGCCUCAGCAAGGUGCCUGAGAAGCUGGCAGGUGGCACUCCAUUGCCUGCGGUCAGCAAGGUCCUGCAGAAGCUGGCAGUGCAGGAUGGGCCACUGUCCCUCUCCCGCUGCAGCUCUCUGUCCUCACUGUCCUCCACUGGCCAUCCUGGCCCCAGUGACGGUGGUAACCUGGAUGAUAGUGACUCUUCCUUGGAGGGACUGGAGGAGGCUGGCCCUGGGGAGGCAGAACUGGAUGGGGGUUGGCGGGGGUCCGGGUCCACCUCACUGCCAGUGGCCAUUCCUACACCCCGCAGGGGCCGUGGGCGGGGCCUGGGGGUGGAGGAUGCCACGCCAUCCAGCUCAUCGGAGAACUGUGUGCAGGAGACGCCCCUGGUUCUGAGUCGCUGCAGCUCAGUGAGCUCACUGGGCAGCUUCGAAAGCCCUUCAAUUGCCAGCUCUAUCCCCAGCGACCCAUGCAGUGGGCUGGGCAGUGGGACUGUCAGUCCUAGCGAGCUGCCCGACAGCCCUGGGCAGACCAUGCCGCCCAGCCGCAGCAAGACACCGCCGGCGCCACAGGGCCAGCCAGAGACCAGCCAGUUCAGCCUGCAGUGGGAGAGCUACGUCAAGCGCUUCCUGGACAUUGCUGACUGCCGAGAGCGCUGCCAGCCGCCAUCUGAGCUGGAUGCUGGCAGUGUACGCUUCACUGUGGAGAAGCCAGAUGAGAACUUCUCCUGCGCCUCCAGCCUCAGCGCACUGGCUCUGCACGAGCUGUAUGUGCAGCAGGAUGUAGAACUUCGGCUGCGGCCGCCUGCUUGCCCGGAGCGCGAGGAAGGCACAGGUGGAGGGCACCGCCGGCGGGAGGAGGCUGGUGGCCACCUGGAGGGACCUACACCAUCCGGGUCUCGCAACCGCUCAGCCACUGACCAGGAACUGAAGCUGCUUCGAGAGUGUCUGGGGGCUGCUGUGCCAGCCCGGCUCCGAAAAGUGGCCUCAGCGCUGGUGUCCGGCCGCCGUGCCCUGCCGGUACCAGUCUAUAUGCUGGUUCCAGCCCCAGCCAGGGACGAUGACUCUGGCACCGACUCUGCUGAGGGCACACCAGUCAACUUCUCCAGCGCUGCCUCACUCAGUGAUGAGACCCUGCAGGGGCCCCCCAGGGACCAGCCCUGCACCUCCACAGACAGGCAGAAGCCCACAGGCCGCGCAGCUCCCUCCAGGCAGGCCUCUGGGCACUGGCCCAAGGCAGGGGUUGCUGGAAAGAGCUCUGAACAGACCCGGGGGGCUGGCAGGAGCAGGGCUGGUCUGGAACUGCCUCUCGGCCGGCCUCCAAGUGCACGGUCUGACAGGAAUGGCUCUCGCCAGGGUCGCGUGCGUGGUGAUGGGGGUCUGCAGUCCCUGUGCCUCACCACGCCCACCGAGGAGGCUGUGUACUGCUUCUAUGACUCGGAGGAGGAGCCACCUGUCACCAAGGUGCCGCCCCCGCGGCGGGCAUCCGCAAUUCCUCGGGCCCAGAAGCGGGAUCGACCUGCUGGCCGGAAGGAGACCCACGGUCCCUCCAAGGCUGCUCCACCUGCCCGGGCCCAGCCCAGGCUGAUUGCAGAUGAGACUCCGCCUUGCUAUUCCCUGAGCUCCUCAGCCAGCUCCCUCAGCGAGCCGGAGCCAUCUGAGCAGCCAGCCAGCUGUACUCGAGGUGGUGAGUCAGCAGUCACCAAGGAUCCAGGCCCUGGCAGCCAACAGGAAAGCUCCCCAAGCCCACGCACUGAGGAGGAGCUGUUGCGGAGGUGCAUCGGCUCAGCCAUGCCCAGGCACCGGCCUCAGCCCUUGGGCUGUAGGCGUCGAAAGCCCCGAGCUGCCCGGCCAGACCUAAGGCCAAAGGAGGAGCCCCGAGAGUGUGCCGAGCAGGUGGCAGGCUCCGACCCAGCCUCUGACCUGGACAGCGUGGAGUGGCAGGCCAUCCAGGAGGGUGCCAACUCCAUCGUCACGUGGCUGCACCAAGCCGCAGCUGCAGCCACCCUGGAGGCCUCAUCUGAGUCUGACUCCCUCCUGUCCUUGGUGUCUGGGCUGUCCAUGGGUUCUAUGCUUCAAUCAUCCAAGCAGAGGAAAGGGCGACAGCCAGGGCCAAGGGCAGAGGCAGGAAGCACUCAUCGGUCAGAGAAAAGGGCUCCGGCCCCAGCCAAGAGCAGUGGGAGCUCCCGCUUGCCUGGAGGUCCAGAGAAGCCUCGGGGCACCCGGAAGACUGCACCUGGGGAACCGGCUGUGCUCCGAGGACGCACAGUGAUAUAUGUGCCCAGUCCCGCUCCGCAGACCCAGCUCAAAGGCACCCCGGGUCCCCGCCCCACACGGAAGAAGAUGGGGCCUCCUGGGCCCCCACAGUCGGAAGCCCCAGCCAAAACCCCCAGCCCUGGGCAACAGAGGUCUCGGAGCCUGCAUCGACCGGGCAAGAUCUCCGAGCUGGCCGCUCUGAGCCACCCCCCGAGGAGCGCCACACCGCCCGCCCGCCUUGCCAAGACCCCGUCCUCUAGCUCCUCUCAGACCUCACCUGCCUCCCAGCCCUUGCCCAGGAAGUCCCCUCUGGCCACGCCGGCAGCAGGGCCCCUCCCUGGCCCUGGAAUCUCCCCGGUGCCCAAGACCCCAGCUCGGGCCCUUCUGGCCAAACAGCACAAGACACAGAAGUCGCCGGUGCGCAUCCCGUUCAUGCAGAGACCCGCCAGGCGAGGGCCACCGCCACUGGCCAGGGGAGCCCCAGAAUCGGCCCCCAGGGGUCGGGCGGGGCCAGAGGGGAUCCCCCGGGCGCGUGGGAGCCGCCUGGGUCUGGUGCGCGUGGCCUCGGCGCGCUCCAGCGGCAGCGAGUCCUCCGAUCGCUCGGGUUUCCGGCGACAACUAACUUUCAUCAAGGAGUCCCCGGGUUUGUUGCGUCGCCGGCGCUCUGAGCUGUCCUCCGCAGAGUCCGCGACCUCCGCCUCCCAGAGCGCCUCUCCGCGCCGCGGCCGGCCCGCCCUACCCGCGGUCUUCCUCUGCUCCUCACGCUGCGACGAGCUGCGGGCCUCCCAGCGGCAGCCCCCGGCCCCGCAGCGGAUCCCGGUGGCGUCGAGUCCCGGGCCCGGCCCCGGCCCCCGCGCGCCCCGGCGCACCAGCUCCGAGAGCCCCUCGCGCCUGCCCGUGCGCGCCCCCGCGCCGCGGCCGGAGGCGGUCAAACGCUACGCGUCAUUGCCGCACAUCAGCGUGGCCCAAAGGCCCGAGGGCGCCGCCCCCGCUCCUGCUGAAGCUGCCCGCCGCAGCAGCGACGGGGAAGCCAGGCCGUUGCCGAGGGUGGCGGCCCCGGGCACCAUGUGGCGGCGCAUCCGCGACGAGGAUGUCCCGCACAUCCUGCGCAGCACGCUGCCCGCCACUGCCCUGCCACUCAGGGGCCCUUCGCCCGACGAAGGCCCGGUCGGGGCUCCGCAGCGCAAGACCAGCGAUGCCGUGGUGCAGACGGAGGAGGUGGCCGCGCCCAAGACCAACUCUAGCACCUCCCCGAGCCUGGAGACUCGGGAGCUCCCUCAGGCCCCGGCUGGGGGCCCCGUCCCCGUUUUGGGCAGCGACGUGGACGGGCCUGGCCCCGCCAAGGUCCCUGCCGCUAUCCCCUUCGUCCACGAGGGCCUUGGCGUGGCUGUGGGGGGCUUCCCCGCUAGCCGGCAUGGGUCUCCCAGCCGCGCUGCGCGGGUCCCGCCUUUCAACUACGUGCCCAGCCCCAUGGCAGCGGUGGCAGUGACCAGCGACCCUGCGGCGGUGGAAAAGGCCCCGGCCGGGGCCCCAGCCCACCUCUUGGAGUAGCGGACUAGGCGGGCCGCCCGGAAGCCCCUCUCCAGACCCAGUCCGGCUGCCCGGCGGGCCCUUCCCGUAGAAGCUGCUGGAGGCCCGGCCCUCGGGCGCCCCUCCUGGCUCCCAUCAGCCUCCACCCCAGGAAGGCUAAGACCUUGCUUCUGCACCGCGGGGCACGGAGGACUCGGCCACCGAGCACCCAAGGGUGCCUCGUCCCAGGCCCCUCUUUGCACAGAGACCACCCUCCAGCUCGGGCGGGGAACUAACCCCAACUGACCUAGGCGCACCUAGGAGGGCGGGGACACCUCCGGGUCAGCGUCUUCUGUACCUGGGCAACCCUUGCGGGAGGUAACAGCGCCUGCGCGAGGAGAGGACAGCUGGGGAGGAUGGCGCCCUGCGCCUGCCAGCUGGGCCCGCCUACGUGGCAUCCGCUGUGCGGGAGGAAGCCUCUAAUUAUGGCUCCUGGUAAUUUGUUAAUAACGACCUUGCCCGGUUUGUUUUCCUUCUCAGCCCCAGCCGGAGAAGCGUGGGAUGAGAGGUGGGGCUCAGCCCCACGGAAAGACAAGCUCUUCAGGGAGCCCCCAGCCAACGUCGCCCUCUUCAGGAGGGUUGGGGUCCCCCAGAUCACUUGGCGCUCUGCAUCCCGUCGGGGAGGACUGGGGACAGGAAGAGCAGCCUAAUGUGGACGCUGGGGGCCAGGAACGCCUUGUCCCUGCUGAUGACUGGUGUCAGGGCCCCAGGGAGGGAGAUGGGGGCUCAGGGCCAGGUGGCGUGACCUGACCCACUGUCGAGCAAGAGCGUAGAAGGUAAGGGGGUUAGAACCCCUGCAGGGAGCCUAAGUGGAGUUGGGAUGCCAGGGCCUGUGCUAUAGGGAAGUGGCUGGUUUCUAGAUUGUCCCCACUGCUUCCACUGCUGGUCUUGUUCCUUCCAAUACCCUUAACCAUAACCCUAAGCUGAGCCUUAGGGGGUGAGGCCUAGGCUGCCACAGAUACCCAGGAUGGAGGUGCUGAGUGUUGUGCCAGAGGUGGAGGGAAACAGAAAGCAGAGGGUGCGGUCCUCAGGCCCUGGCCUGGAGGCUGGAGCUGGCCUCAGGGGACCUGGGCAUGAGGUGUGGCUCAGGGGUUCUGCACAGGAACAGGGCUGAGUGUCCUGCAGCUCCAGGAUCUUCCUGCAGAAAGAGCCAAGGACCUCUCUCCUGUGGGACCUGCUCUGGCAGAGCUGCUCUUUGCAGAGGAUCUGCUGCCACACAGCAACUCCAAGGCUCUCCUAGUGACUUUGGCUCUGUCCAGUCCACAGCAGGCUGAGGUCAAGGGGCCCCAGGACCCAUGGUGACAGGAGACCCCAUCCCAGAGAUAGGGGUUGCUUUGUCCUACAAAUUCCACUCUUGCUUUUCUGAAACAUAUCCUGCAGGACAGACACCCAGGAUUGAUGGGUAGGAUGGCCACCUCCCCAAGGGACAGUGCUGGGGACCCCAGCGCUCCUUCUACAUGGGGCUGCUAAGGAGCUUUGGGGGCAGAGCUGGCCUGUGACAACUGGCAGGGAGAGAGGACCUGGCUCCACAGAGGUAACCUCCUCAGGACACACCAGCCAGGUCUCAGAGGCCCCAACCCCAACUGUGGCCUGCACACUAGAGGCAGUCGGAUGCUUGCUUGUUCACGCUAUGGGUCAACUGCACCCCAAAAGGGCCUGCUGCUGGGCAGUGGAUCCCCAUCCUGCUGGCUAUAGGCCUGGGCCAGCAUGGCCCCAUCUACCAUGCACUGUGAGACCCUGGGCAGUGCUCGCGCCGCCCUGUGCCUCAGUUUCCCCAUGUGGGCCAUGGGGAGAACUCCCAGAGCUACCUCUUGGGUGAGGAGAGCAGCUGUUAUGAUGGGGGAGGCACACCCCCCCCCCCCGCCCCAUCGUGAUGAAAGGGGCUGUUGCUCCUGCUGGCUGCCUCCAGCAGCCACUUCUGCCUUCUCCACCCUCUGUGGCAGGGGGACAGCCACACUCGCUAUCUAACUCAGGCAGGACUCUGGGCUAGAACCAGCGCUGGACAGUGGGUUCCAGGAGGGUGGCCAGCGGUGUGGACAGCAACCUGAGGCUGGACCCAGAGGGUACCAGUCUUAGGAUACAGAUGGUGACCCCAUCCCCUGAGGCUUUGGGCCAGGAGGGAUGGAGGGGUCACCCCAAGAUGGAGACCUGGGCCUCAGGCUGACAGACACUACCCCUCCCUGGGUGCUGACUUGGGGCAAAGUGCCCACCAUUACCUCAUCUCCUCCCAGCUGUCACACUGGCCUGUGGCCCCCACGCCUGACUCCUGCCUGGUCUGUCCAGCUUUUCUGGCUGCCAACCCCUCAUCUCUUUCUGGGGUCUCCUCACAGUGUUAACUGGACAUGUAAAUAGGUACGGCCUCAUGCACCCACCCCAUUCAUGUAAAGCAUCUGUCUGGCCGAAGCACAAUGCCCAGCAGGCAUCUGGCUUCUUGUACACCUUUAAUAAAACAAGCUGUCAAAUCA